UGUGUCUUCUGCUUUGUGCUCGCGUUCGUACAUCGUAAUUGCCUACGCUUGGGACUGCAAACUGCACACUGUAUUGAUUCCUGUGACGUGGUAUGGUCCUCUGCAGUCAACAGCAGUGAAAAAUGGCAAAGUACUGCAUUGUUGAGUUUGUUGAAGAAGGCAGCGUUGAACUAGUUCCAUCGAACUGGAUAACUGGGAACAAGUGCUCGUGGCCACCUGGACCUGGUGACAAGACACACUUGAUCAAGAAGCGUCAGCCUCCAGGACGAGAAUGGAAAAUGUACAAGGUUGCAGUCAAGGGAGCUUAUGAUAGGUACGAAGAUGGCCGGAGGAAGGUUGACCUUGCGCAGUACACUUCAGAUUUAGACUCGGGUCAGGAGCUCAAAAAGCGAAGAAUACAAAGGCCCACCAGAUACGACGACGAAGAUGUACGCUACAGUGCACCCACGCCACCACUGAGCUUUCCACGAGCCUCCACGUCCCACUCUCCUCGUAAUGACACACCUGAUGAAGAUGAUGCAGCAUUGUCCACGGUAUCGGAUACCAUAAUUGAUGACAUCAGUGACAUCCAAGCAGCAGAUGAGAGCGUUGAUUGCGGAAACUCACUUCGAAAAGUGCAUAGUUCGGCUUCCCUGGAGAUUGACCAAGAACGUACAAAACAGCAACAGCAGCCGACACGCACUAAUAGAAAAGCGUUGCCUCCUGGUGAAUUCCAGCAUGAGGUGCUGACUCGUCUCACAGCUCUUCGCAUGGUACUACAGCAGCAGUCUGAACUGUUGACAGCACUUUCAAUGAAAUGCACAAAAGACAGUGUCAUUCUGGAAGAAGGCAGCGUCUUCAAGGAUCAGUUUGACGACAUUGCGGCGUUGCAACGCUUUGAUGCGUCCCUGACCGAAGCAACGAAAGGAUCUCUGGUUCGCUACUUGUCCAGCAUUGGGGGCGUGAGCCCGGAAUCUUGUACUAGGCGAAUACUAAGGACGCUGAUGUCAGAUCGGGUGGCAGCAGAAUUUUCGUGGCAAGGAAAAAAAGGGAAGCACUCAUUCUGCAACCUUAACGUUUCCAGAUGCAUUAUUGCUGCUGUUAAGUCUACACGGAAAUGCAGUGACUAUACCAUUGAAAGCGCAAUAAAAGACUGGCUCCGCCAUGCACCUGCAAGAACCCGGGACACCUCCCAGAGCUCAUCUGCAAAGGGUUCCUCAAAUGAAACAUCUGCACACUGAGGCCUCGCUGUGUGGACACUGCUUUCCUGAACAAAGGACAAGAAUGCACAUACUGUUUCUUUUUUUUUAGCCUCAGAGUUCCACAGCGGUGCUUUGUGAACCUGUUUACUCACUCAGGAGGAUGAGGAGCCUGCCAACAGGACAUUUCGUACUCGGUUCAAGUGCAUCUUUUGGACAGUGUCAUAUAUAAACAACUAAUGCUCCCCUUGUAGUCAAGUCACUAAGCAUACACGCUUGCAUCCACCACGAGGGAAAUUCAGUGCUCAAAUGAAGAAGUGGACUGCGCAAUGCAAAGGCGUACCUGUGUGACAGUGUUUCGUGCCAGAUAUUUUAGUGCACUUAAUAUAUUGAGUACAAAGUAAUGUACUACACAUUUGCAAGUACCUUAUUUAUACUAAUGGUACCAGAUAUGUACUUAUUAGAUAUGUUCAAUUUCAAUAUGUUGCUAAGCAUAUUCGAAUUGUAUAACUGCAAGUUUAUGACAGAGUAUUCUCACAGAGUUGUAAGACCGGUAAUGCCUUCUCAAGUCAUGCUAAAUGCCAACAUGUCCAUUUCUACAUCUGCAAAACUAAAUAUAAUGUGUCUCUACAUUAAAUAUAUGUACUUAACUAGUUCAUUCAUUAAUAAAAGGUAGAAUGUCAUAUACUACGCAUUUCAGUAAUGUGCCAAGGUACUUGGU